AUGGUCCUGCACUCCUUGCUCACACUUGCCAAGGCCGUAUCCGGAUUGAGAGCAACGUUUGGCGAAGACCGAGUGUCGACGGAUGAAGAGGAAUUACGGCGGCAUGGGUUUUCAGAGUGGUCUUCUAUCAAUAUCGACACGCUGCCGGUGGCGAUUGCUUAUCCGAGGACCACGGAGGAAGUCUCAGUCAUUGCUCAGGCAUGCACAAGAUACAAGAUCCCCAUCGCUCCAUAUUCUGGCGGAUCCUCGGUCGAAGGGAACUUCUCCGCUCCUUACGGUGGAAUCUGCAUAGAUUUCGCCUUCAUGGAUCAAGUGUUGGCUGUCCACGAGGAUGACCUUGAUGUCGUUGUGCAGCCGGGAAUCGGGUGGAUGGAUCUCAAUGCUCAGAUCCAGAAGUCAGGCCUCUUCUUUCCAGUGGACCCAGGGCCGAGCGCCAUGAUUGGUGGCAUGGUGGGUACGUCCUGCUCCGGGACAAAUGCUGUACGCUAUGGGACCAUGAAAGAGAAUGUGGUCAACCUCACAGUAGUUCUUGCAGAUGGGACCAUUAUCAAGACCAGGCAUCGUCCGCGGAAGUCUGCGGCUGGAUACAAUCUCACUGGGCUCCUCGUCGGCUCUGAAGGUACCUUGGGUAUCGUGACGGAGAUCACGCUGAAGCUUCAGCCGAUACCUGCCACCACGAGUGUCGGAUUGAUUCCGUUCGUGUCGGUCCGCGACGCUGCCAGUGCUGCCAGCGAGAUCAUCAAGACUGGAAUCCAAGUCGGGGCUCUGGAGAUCAUGGACGACGUUUCGAUGGAUGUUGUAAAUCGAGCUGGGUUCACCGACAGGAAGUGGGAUGUUGUCCCAACAAUGUUCAUCAAGUUCGCAGGGAGCAACGAAAGCACCUCCGAGGCCAUCAAACUGGUUCAAAGCAUCACGACCCGACACCGCGGCGGAAACGUUGAGUUUGCCACUACGCCUGAAGAACAGCAUGAGUUGUGGUCCGCACGCAAGCAAGCGCUGUGGUCGAUGCUUGCUCUUCGCAAAGGCGACGAGGAAGUGUGGUCCACGGAUGUCGCAGUACCGCUCUCCCGGCUUCCCGACAUCAUCGAAGUCAGUAAGAAGGAAAUGGACGAGCUGGGACUCUUCGCUGCUGUGCUGGGCCACAUUGGCGAUGGAAACUUUCACGAGAGCAUCAUGUUUGACGGGAGUGAUCCCGAAGAGCGCAGAAAGGUCGAGGGCUGCGUGAAGCGGAUGGUCACAAGAGCAAUCGAGAUGGAGGGGACGUGUACAGGCGAACAUGCCAUCGGUAUCGGCAAGAAGGGCCAUCUCGUGGAGGAACUUGGGUUUGACACGAUUCUUGUGAUGCAGAAGCUGAAGGCGUCGCUGGAUCCGUUGUGGAUCAUGAAUCCGGGCAAGAUCUUCGAUCAUCCGCGCGAGGAUCGCAUCGUGGGACAUUGA